GACUCAGUCGGGAACCUUCGGCUGGUUCCGCAGCACGCUCUGCAGGCAAAACAAGGUCACGGCAGUGACGGCGCGCGGUCACCGAAUAUUUUUGAAUAUUACGACAUAGCUACACCGUCAGCGGUAUGAUUACCUCAUAGCAUCUACCUAUUAUUAGCUGGAUACGCAAGCUAUAUACAUAGCUUCCAUCUACUCCCUAGUAACCUCCGCGCCGCGCAACAAAACGAACGUCCGAAAUGGCAAAACACAAUGCCUUCCUUGUCUUUCUCAUUGCACAAGUGAUAGUUGCACACAGUUACAAAAUACUCGGCGUAUUCCCUUCCCUGGACCGAAAUAACUACCUCACAUAUAGACCACUAUUCCGUGAAUUGGCAAUUCGAAAUCAUGAUGUGACUCUAAUUAGCCACUUUCAAAUGCCAAACGCACCGGAUAAUUACAAAGACAUAUUAUUGAGUGAAAAUCCAGUGUACAGAGGUUUGUCCUACGACUCAGUUAUCGUGAAUGAGGUGUCGCGAGUUCCAUUCGAGACGUUAGUUUCAACUAAAGCCGGGAACGACGAUUGUAAAACGCUUAUGAAUCACAAUCAGGUGUUGCACAUGAUAAGAACUCGACCUCGAUACGAUGUGAUAAUAGUAGAGUCUUAUAACAGUGAUUGCGCUCUCGCUCUGGCGGCAAAUUUGAGUGCACCGUACAUCGCUUUCAAUCCACAGCCAAUUCAUCCCUGGCAUUUCAAUAGACUAGGGAUCAAUUUCAAUUCAGCCCAUGUUCCUCAGUCCCUGUUGCAGUAUGGAAAGCAACCUUGGUUUUUUGACCGGUUAAAGAGCUACGUUUUAUACUACAUUACCCAAUGGGUGUAUUAUAUUGGAUCGCAAGUGACUGACCAUGUUUAUUUAUACAAAUAUUUGGGUGAUAACCUCCCCACGUUGGAAACCAUCGCUGCAAAUGCAAGCCUUGUGUUUGUAAACACACAUCAAUCGGUUUUCGGUGGGGUUGCCAGGUCGGAUAACGUAAUUGAUAUAGGAGGUAUACACAUCAGGCCACCUAAGAUUAUUCCCACGGAAAUCGAGAGAUUCAUAAACGAGGCCGAGCACGGUGUCAUUUAUAUGAACUUAGGUUCUACUGUAAAGGACUCAACACUACCGAGCGAUAAAUUAAAUGAACUGCUAUCAACAUUCGGUAAAUUGCCUCUUAGAGUGUUGUGGAAAUGGGAUGGGGGCAUCGUAGAGAAUCUGCCAAGAAACGUUAUGACUAUGAGAUGGCUGCCUCAAUAUGAUAUCUUAAAACACGAAAAUGUAAAAGUAUUCAUUUCGCACGCUGGCAUCUUGAGCACUAUAGAAGCAAUAGACGCUGGAAUUCCUGUUAUUGCAAUCCCAUUGUUUGGAGAUCAGUACGGAAAUGCUGCAGCCUUAGUGGACGCGGGAGUAGCUACCAUUGUCCCGUAUCAAGACUUGAAAAAACAGUAUCUAUUGGACGCUAUUAAUGACGCAUUGGAUUUAAAGUAUCAAGAGCAAGCGAAACUCGUCUCAAGAAUGUGGCACGACCGUCCCAUGUCUCCCCUUGAAAGCGCCAUCUAUUGGAUCGAGUACGUAGCUAGAUACCGUGGGACACCUCAGCUAGUAGCGACAUCUACCACGGUGCCUUGGUAUCAACAAAUGCAGCUAGAUGUCCUUGCCUUUAUCGGCAUCGUAUUUUACAUCCUAACAUGUGUCCUUUAUAAGUUAUUAAGCGUAUGCUGUUGCUCCUGCUGUCGUAGUGAUGUCCCUGUAGAAAGUACGGAAUUUAAUGAAGAAAGGAGAUCAAAAAGAGUUAAAUUUGAAUAGACGUUAAAGUUUGUUUGGUGAUAUAAAUAUCAGGUACUUAAUGAGCGUUUUAUGGAAAGGAAAUUAUUAGACUGGUGUUAUUUAUUGAUCGUUUUGAAUUAAAAAGAUAAAUUUA